AUGGAUUCAUUCAAUAAUGUUAAGCAAUGGCUCCAGGAAAUUGACAGAUACGCUACAGAAGGGGUCAACAAACUCCUUGUAGGCAACAAAAGUGAUAUGUCGGAUAAGAAAGUCGUCGAGUACACAGUUGCGAAGGAAUUUGCCGACAGUCUCGGGAUUCCAUUCUUGGAAACAUCGGCCAAAAAUGCCAGUAAUGUUGAACAAGCCUUUUUAACCAUGGCUCGUCAAAUCAAGGAGAGGAUGGGGACAACUACAGCAAACAACAAACCAACAGUACAGGUCGGACAGGGUCAGGGAGUUCAAUCAAGCACUAACAACGGCUGUUGUUAA